GGCAUGGACGGCUGAUGUCGCAGUCUGAGGACUGACAGGGGAAUGGUGUGAAUCUGAAGCUUGCUUGCAACUAGUUUAUAUUUGCAGUAAUGCGAAACAAACAAGAUUGGCCAGUGUCUUGAUCGCCGUUUGUGAUAUAUUUGUAAAGCAGAAUGCUGACGCGCGUCGCUCGGGGCAAUAAGGCAAACUUUAGGGGGUGAAAUGUAGCUAGUGCUAGAUUGUGUCGUGUUAGCGAGCUAGUUUGGCGUUAGGCUUUUGAGACAAGCGUUUGGAAAUCUUGCAAGGCGAUGUGUGUGUGUGUGUGUGUGUGUGUGUAGGGCAGUAGAAUGGCACCAUGCUGUAGCCCGAUUCCCUGCCUGUUUGGCCGCAGUGUAUUCGCUAACUGUGUAUUAUUGGGUCUGUGGUGACACUUGUGUGUGUGUGUGUGUGUAGCUAGUCGAGUAUAACGCUGCGUUCUGCGCCGAGACUUAGUCUUCUGAACCUACUACAGGUAAAGAGUCCAUAAGGAGCUGAAACAAUGGAAACUACCAGCACGAAAAACAUGUAUGCGAGUCGCAAACGGAGGAAACCCGCCCUGAAAAGUGGGAAGGAGGCUUCAGUUGAAGCUGCAAAGUCAAAUCCCUCUAAGAGGCACCGUGAUCGACUGAAUGGUGAACUGGACCGGCUGGCCAGCCUGCUGCCUUUUCAUCAGGAUGUCAUCACUAAACUGGACAAACUGACAGUUCUCCGACUGAGCGUUGGCUGCCUGCGAGCCAAGAGUCACUUCAAUACUCUCCUGAAAACCAGUAAAUCCAAUCAACCAGCAAACAAUGACACAAAAACGCAUGUUCAGUUGCCAGAAGGUGAACUAUUGUUACAGGUCAUAAAUGGAUUUGUAUUAGUGGUCACCUCUACUGGUACAGUUUUUUACGUCUCUUCCACUGUUGAGGACUAUCUCGGAUUCCAGCAGUCAGAUAUCCUCCAUCAGAGUGUUUAUGGGCUUGUUCACACAGAAGACAGAGCUGAGCUUCACCGGCAACUCCACUGGGCUCUCAACCCCACUAACUCUUCAGACACUGGGCAUCCAGUGCUAGAUACCCAAGAUUCACAGUUACCCCACACCUAUUAUAACCCUGAGCAGUUACCACCAGAGAACUCCGCCUUUCUGGAACGAAAUUUCGUGUGCAGGUUAAGAUGUCUACUGAACAACUCAUCUGGCUUUCUGGCCAUAAACUUUCAGGGCCGUUUAAAGUUUUUGCAUGGACAAAAUGAGAAGACUUCAGAGGGCAAACCCAUUCCACCUCAGCUGGCCUUAUUUGCCCUGGCCUGUCCAGUUCAGCCACCCUCCAUUCUGGAGAUCCGUGCCAAAAACUUCAUCUUCAGGACCAAACACAAACUGGACUUUACCCCAAUUGCAUGCGAUGCCAAAGGGAAGAUUGUGCUGGGCUACACAGAGGCAGAGCUGUGCUACCGUGGCUCAGGCUACCAGUUUAUACAUGCAGCAGACAUGCUACACUGUGCUGAGAACCACAUGCGCAUGAUAAAGACUGGUGAGAGUGGACUGACUGUAUUUAGGCUGCUUACCAAACAGGGAGGCUGGGUUUGGGUGCAGGCUAAUGCCAGACUCAUUUACAAAAAUGGCCAACCGGACUUUAUCAUUGCCUCUCAAAGAGUACUCCUGGAUGAAGAAGGAGAAGAGACUCUGAGGAAGCGUAGCCUCAUGCCCCCAUUCAGCUUCACCAAAGGAGAGGCUGUACUGUAUGCCCUAAACUCAGAAUCCAGCCCAGAAUCUAUUUCAUCUGUUGCUCCAGGAGAUAGUAACCAACUGAAAGUCCCAAGUGGACUAGAUCCCAACUCUCUCCUGGGCUCAAUGCUGAAACAAGAUGAGUCUAUCUAUGCAUGCUCUUCAGGUUCAGAUGAGCCAGUGAGAGCUCAGGACCCUGAGUAUGAGGAGGAGCUUGGUGGGAUCUUUUCCAGUAACUGGCAAAAGAACAUUCUUUCUCUCCCUGAGACCUCUCUCUUUAAUCCAGAUAUGACAAUCAGCACUGGUAGGGAAGAGAGCAACUGUGAGCUCAUGAGCUUUAUGAGCAGUCUGGGAAUCACUCCAGAAGAUGUAGUGCUUCUCCAACAAGAAGAGCUGUUCCUUAACAUAGAGAUGGAUGGUCGAUAUGGCUUUAAAGACUUUACUGAUGACUUUCUCUCCUAUGUGCAGGAAUCUCUCCGGAAGAAGGUAGACUUUGCACUUCCCAGUAGCAUUCAGACCAAUCUGAACGAAAAGUGUCUCCCAAGUAUUGCACCUGAACCAAAGCCUCCAUCACAGCCAUCACUGUUCUCAUGGUCACAGGGUCAGCAGCUAUUUUUACAAAGUCCCUCGUCUUUUCUUGUUCAGCCUUCAGACCUAACGAUGCAGCAGUCUAUACCAAAGCAAUACUAUUCACAAUCUCAGCGAUCUUCUUCUAUGCAAGAUAGGCAGCACGAUCAUCAGGGGUCUCUUCAAGCACAGUCUUGUCUGUACAGACAGCCAAGCAUAACACCACCUGGUCUUCAGCUAAAUCCACAACAGCAGUCACCUCAUCCAGUGAACCACAAGCCUGUAUACCAACCUGAGCUUUCAUCGUUUUUUUGUCCCGAGAAAGAAGCGUAUCAUAGGCUGAAGCACACUGCUAGUGUUUCUGUUAGAGAGAGCAGUUCCACUGACCAGCAGCUGCCUACUCUCUUACAUUCUGGAUUGCAGGAACCUGGAAGCUUUUACCUAGAAACCAACCAUUUGCCUCAGGGACUUCCUUAUAUAAACCAAGUAAACACUGUGUCAGUGAACUUCAACCAGGAACGUGCGGGCGCCUCUAUUCCUGCAAGACACUUACAUGUGGGUGAGUCUCUGGAGGAGCUGCUAACCUGCUUGGAUACUGUGGGUCAGGAGAGGCAUGGGCAGUCUGGAGAGCUUCAUGGGGAAGGUCAUCCUCCGUGUGCACAGCCUAGCUUCGAUUAUAGCUUGCUCCAUCAGCCAUACACAGGCCAGAAUGGCGCACUUGGAAGUCUGCAGGGGAGCUGUGAAAAGGACAGUAUCAGUGACCUCGCAGCACAGACUCCUCAGAAUUCUGCUGACAACAGGCCCUACCCAGACCUGUCUCUGGGAUACAUGUGAAUGUACACCUUCAUAAUCCAUGUGAGUGGUGUAGAGCAGAGCAUAGUGCUCUUGUUAGGAGGUGUGAGGAUAAGAAGCUCAGUCUGGACGAUUCCACAGGGCAGUAAUGAAGAAAAAGAAUUAAGGCAAGACUAGAGAUAGAGGGGUAAGGUUUGGGUGUAAGAGGUCCUGAGCAACAGCAGACAAGAACAGAACUAAAAGGCAAUGCAAGAAUAUACCCGAUUGAAUUUAUGAAAUAUCCUGUGAGUCAUAUUAACUGAGAAUCCCAGUCAGAUCCAUCUAAUGAAUAGAAAGAGAUCAGUGUGUGAGUGUGAGUGUGUGUGUGUGUGUGUGUGUGUGUGUGUGUGUGUGUGUGUGUGUGUGUGUGUGUGUGUGUGUCAGAUGUGUGGGCGUGUCUGGAAUGUGAAAUAGUCCCCAACCUUUUUCUGAGUGAACAAGUAACACUUGUUUUUUCAUUGGAACGCUUGUUAAGAUUUUGAUUAUCCCAAAUGUACACAGUGGUCUGAGAUGUAGCUCCCUGACCAUGAUGCACACACUGCACAAUACAACACAACACAACACAACACAACACAACACAACACAACACAACACAACACAACACAAGAGAGUAUCACAAAGGAUUACAUUAAGUGCAAAUGUGCAACUAUGUCAGAUGAGUUAAAAAAUGAGUGUAGCACAAUAAAUAAGAGUGCAGGUCAGGGUGUUGCUGUUUUUUGUGUAUGUUGAUGUGUGUAAAACAGCACUUCGGGUACAGAGGGCUAAAGUACAUCAUUUUUGUAGCUUGACAAAUAAGACAAUAUACUAUGGAAACUAAUUAACUUAAUUGACUGAUUAAGUUUGUAAUAUGGACUAAAUGUUAUUAAUUUA